AGGCAUCUGUGGCUUAUACUACAGGUCACUUUUACAAAGAGAAAGUUUGGACUAAUGAAGAAAGCCUAUGAACUUAGUGUGCUCUGUGACUGUGAAAUAGCACUCAUCAUUUUCAACAGCUCUAACAAACUGUUUCAGUAUGCCAGCACUGAUAUGGACAAAGUUCUUCUCAAGUAUACAGAAUAUAAUGAACCUCACGAGAGCAGAACCAACUCGGAUAUUGUUGAGACUUUAAGAAAGAAAGGCCUUAAUGGUUGUGAGAGCCCUGAUGCUGACGAUUACUUUGAGCACAGUCCACUCUCGGAGGACAGAUUCAGCAAACUAAAUGAAGAUAGUGAUUUUAUUUUCAAACGAGGCCCUCCCGGUUUGCCACCUCAAAACUUCUCAAUGUCUGUCACAGUCCCUGUGACCAGCCCUAAUGCUUUGUCCUACACUAACCCAGGGAGUUCACUUGUGUCCCCGUCUUUGGCAGCCAGCUCAACAUUAGCAGAUUCAAGCAUGCUCUCUCCACCUCAAGCCACAUUACAUAGAAAUGUAUCCCCUGGAGCCCCUCAGAGACCACCAAGUACUGGCAGUGCAGGUGGGAUGUUGAGCACUUCAGACCUCACGGUGCCAAAUGGAGCUGGAAGCAGCCCAGUGGGUGGUGGCAAUCUUGGAAUGAACAGUCGGAAACCAGAUCUUCGCGUUGUCAUCCCCCCUUCAAGCAAGGGCAUGAUGCCUCCACUGUCGGAGGAAGAGGAAUUGGAGUUGAAUACCCAGAGGAUAAGCAGUUCUCAAGCCCCCCAGCCCCUAGCUACCCCAGUGGUGUCUGUGACCACCCCAAGUCUGCCUCAGCAAGGGCUGGUGUACUCAGCAAUGCCAACCGCCUACAACACCGAUUACUCACUGACUAGUGCAGACCUGUCAGCCCUGCAGGGCUUCAACUCCCCAGGAAUGCUGUCUCUGGGACAGGUGUCAGCCUGGCAGCAGCACCAUUUAGGACAAGCAGCCCUCAGCUCUCUUGUUGCUGGAGGACAGCUAUCUCAGGGUUCGAAUUUAUCCAUUAAUACCAACCAAAACAUCAACAUUAAGUCAGAACCAAUUUCACCUCCCCGGGAUCGAAUGACCCCAUCAGGCUUCCAGCAGCAGCAGCCACCUCCGCCAUCACAGGCCCCCCAGCCACAGCCCCCUCAGCCCCAGCCUCAGCCUCAGCCCCAGGCCCGGCAGGAAAUGGGCCGCUCCCCUGUGGACAGUCUGAGCAGCUCCAGCAGCUCCUAUGAUGGCAGCGACCGGGAGGAUCCACGGGGUGACUUCCAUUCUCCGGUUGUGCUCGGCCGACCCCCAAACACUGAGGACAGAGAAAGCCCUUCAGUAAAGCGAAUGAGGAUGGACGCAUGGGUGACCUAAGGCUUCCAGGCUGGUGUUUGUACUUUGUGUUACUGCGGUGAACUGCCCUACAUAUCUAAAUUGGUAAAUAAGGACAUGAGUUAAAUAUAUUUAUAUGUACAUGCAUACAUAUAUAUCCCUUUACAUAUAUAUGUAUGUGGGUGUGAGUGUGUAUGUGUGGGUGUGUGUUGCAUACACAGAAUCAGGCACUUACCUGCAAACUCUCAUAGAUGUGCAGUUGUGCAUCCCAUGGCAAACAGAGCACCCUGUAGGCAGAGUCUAGCCUGGCACUUCCUUGGACUACUUGUUUCAUAAGAUAACCAGUUUUUGCAGAGAAACAUGUACCCAUAUAUAUAAUUCUCCCACACUAGCUUGCAGAAACCUAGAGGGCCCCUACUUGUUUAAUUUAACUGUGCGGUGACUGUAGUUACUUAAGAAAAAUGCUUUGUAGAACAGAGCAGUAGAAAAGCAGGAACCAAGAAAGCAAUACUGUACAUAAAAUGUCGUUUAUAUUAAUUACCCAACCUGGCAUGGGUCUCUAUUGCAAAGAGGUGCAUGGGAAAGGGCUGUUGAUAUUAAAAAACAAAAAAACAAAACAAAAAAGCCCCACACAUAACUGUUUUGCACGUGCAAAAAUGUAUUGGGUCAAAGAAGUGAUCUUUAGCUAAUAAAAAAAGAAAGAAUAGAAAACACGCAUGAGAUAUUCAGAAAAUACUAGCCUAGAAAUAUAGAGAAUUAACAGUAAAUUAAUAUAUUAAGUUAUAAUUGGAAUAUGUCAGAAGUUUCUUUUUACAUUCAUAUCAUAAAAAUGAAAGAAACUGAUUUUAGCUCAUGUAUAUUUUAUAUGAAAGAAAACACCCUUAUGAAUUGAUGACUAUAUAUAAAAUUAUAUUCACUACUUUUGAACACAUUCUGCUAUGAAUUAUUUAUAUAAGCCAAAGCUGUAUGUUGUAACUUUUUUUUUUUUUUUUUAGAGAAUAGCUUUAUCUUGUUUUAACUUUUUACUUUUAUUUUAAGAGGGGGAAAAAACAAACAAAAAUAUCUUGCAAGCA